AUGGAAGCAGGCUUCCAGAUCGGAACUCCUCGGGCAAUUUCCGAUAAAUUCCGAUCAGAUCCUGACAGAAACGUUCGGAAAUAUUUGGAAACGAAUCCCGAAAUUUCCGUACAUUAUCCACGACAUCGUAACCAGUAGGGACCUGACAGAUCCAUAAAUACAGGGUCGGAAAGAAUAUUAUUCAAGGGGGGUAACGAUAUAAUCCCGAGUCGGAGGUAUGAUGAAUUUUAUACCAAAUGAAAGCCCGUGAAAAACGGGGUUUAGUGAUGCUAAAUAC